AUCGAGCCGCCGCCGCCGGGAGGCCGCUCGCAUCGGCCCACGGCGUCGUCACGCCGCUACCCCAGUCUCCGCCUCCUCCUACAUUCAACAUUGUUCCUCCAUUUUUUAUUCUCGAACCAAAUUUAGCACCGGAGCACCUACUCGCUCCGGUUCCAUAUUUCUGAGAUUUAGCACCGGCCUCACAGGUGGUGCACAGCGGUGCCAAAUGACAAAAUUGCAAUUUGGCACCCCUAUUUGGCACACUGUGGAGGCCAUUAUGCUCCUGAAAAAAAUUCCAAAGCUUCUGGUUGAUUGGGCCGGUUUCGUCUGCUUCAUGAUCUGAAAUUUGGUCCAAGAUACAAUAUUGAAUAGUGUAAAUACUGUGCCAUUUCCUAUAAGAACCUGGGCCAUUCAAAAAACACUGGGCCCCCGCCUCCCCCCUAAAUAUCCUUUCGCCAAAUCUUUUUGUAACCGCGCAUCUCGUCGCUCACUCGGGAAGAAAGACAUUUUUUUUUCGAGAGGCCGAAGAAAGACAAAUUAGGCACCAAUGGGCCGUAGACGCUGCACAGUAGGCCCAUGAAGGGUGGAUCGGAUCUCGAGGCCCAAGAGCAGAGUCCUAUCCGGCGGCAGCGGUCAUCCCCAUCGCCGAGAACCCUUCCUUCCUGCUCCCGUCGCCGCCGUCCCGCCCCCCGGAGCUAUCGUCUGCCUCCGCCUCCGCCAUGGCCCAACCCACCUUCCUCUCCUCCCUGCGCUCCCGCUUCCGGUCUACACAGCCGCAGCUCCCUCACCUCCAGCCUCGCCGCGGGUACCACGUCGAACUCGGCGCACGCGAGAAAGCACUUUUAGAGGAAGAUGCUGCUUUGAAGAGGUUCAAAUCAUACAAGAACAGUGUGAAACAGGUCUCCAAAAUUGGGAAUGUUCUCACUCUUGUAGUUGUUGCUGCCUGCAGCUAUGAGAUUGUUGCACUGGCAACAAGCACGCAAUGAAGGAAAUUUCAAUCGUGUGGGAGAAAUUCUAUCGACCAGAAAGUGAUUCAUCAACAUAAACUGGCACUUUAUCAGCACUUGUUCCGAGCUUCCUGCGUCUAUUGUGCCAUGUGAAAUAAAACAAACUAGGCUGAACUUAUCUGUUAAUAGCUUGCUAGUUUAUUUGCCUAUUAUUACUUGUACACAAAGUGAAGUUUUGGUUUCUGAGAGGAAUCAUUUUGCUACAUACUAUGAUGUUUCAUAAAUGGGCGACCUCAGAUGGCUGACCACUACUGCACUACAUGUGUUUUGUCAUGCGAAUGUGCCGUUUGGGGUGUUAA